CGUCAAUCUGUUGGAAACCGUGGGCGUGUUGGAUUUUUCACCAGUUUCACAAGCUGCGCUGCCUCAGUGUCUCUGAGCCUCUUCACCACUUAAGACUUUACAAACACAGACGAGCCCUGGAGAGGAACAGGGGGGCUUCACUCUCUGGAUAAGAAAUGGAUGUGGAUCGUGGAUUCUAUCGGCAGGUGGAUGUCCAGGAUCACGCUCACUACAUCGUGGCCUUCUUUGUCUUGGUGAUCGGGACAGUAGGGGUCACCGGGAAUGCCUUGGUCAUGUACGCCUUCUUCUGCAACAAGAAUCUGCGGACGACGCCCAACUUCUUCAUCAUGAAUCUGGCCGUCAGUGACUUCCUCAUGGCGAUCACACAGUCGCCAAUCUUCUUCAUUAACUCCCUGUACAAAGGCUGGAUUUUUGGUGAAACAGGGUGUAAAAUGUAUGCCUUCUGUGGAGCUUUAUUUGGAAUCACCUCCAUGAUAAACCUCCUGGCAAUCUCCAUAGAGCGCUACAUCGUCAUCACCAAGCCUCUGCAGGCCCUGCGAUGGACCUCCAAGAGACGCACCUGCAUCUUUAUCACCCUGGUGUGGCUCUAUUCAUUAGCUUGGAGCCUUGCGCCACUUCUGGGUUGGAGUUCGUACAUUCCCGAGGGCCUGAUGACCUCAUGCACGUGGGACUAUGUGACGUCGACUCCAGCCAAUAAAAGUUACACUUUGAUGUUAUGCUGCUUUGUAUUCUUCAUCCCUCUGGGAAUCAUAUCCUACUGUUAUCUGUGCAUGUUCCUGGCCAUCCGCCGUGCAAGCAGAGAUGUGGAGAAGUUGGGGUCCCAGGUGAGGAAGACCACCCUGAUCCAGCAGCAGUCCAUCAAGACUGAAUGGAAGCUGGCCAAGAUUGCCUUUGUGGUCAUCAUAGUGUUUGUGCUUUCCUGGUCGCCCUAUGCAUGCGUCACCCUCACCGCCUGGGCUGGAUAUGGAAAUGUCCUCAAUCCGUACUCCAAAGCUGUCCCUGCUGUUAUAGCCAAGGCCUCAGCCAUCUACAACCCGUUUAUCUACGCCAUCAUCCACGCCAAAUACAGAGACACACUUGCAGAAAAGGUUCCCUGUCUACACUUCUUACACCGGGCCUCCAGGAGGGACUGCAUAUCGGUGUCACAGAGCGAGUGCUCCUUCAGGGACUCCAUGCUCAGCAGACAGUCCUCAGUGUCCAAGACCAAGUUCCACAGGGUCUCCUCCGUGUCCACGACAGACACACAGGUUUGGAGUGACGUGGAGAUGGACUCUAUGGACAAGAGCCAUUGUUUGAAGUCGAGCUAUUCCAUCGGAGCUCUGAAGGACAAAGAGUACAAAUCAUUGGCUGAACUGACCAAUGAAAACGGAACCCAAAGCCAGGAACAGCAUUCACUCCCACAGUGAGGCCCACUGAACGGAUUUGACCACAACCUAUCGCCUGAGUCCCUCAACGUGGUCAAGUUCUCGGCCCGGGGGAGGAAAAAGGGAGGAGAGCCCUGAGAGCUGGAUUAAAGGGAGGGAACAGGACAAUGAGCGAGAGAGAGAUAACUUGAACAGAGACACACACGCACACAAGUACAGAUGGAGGAAGAUGAAAAGGAGUUGCGUGUCCCACUCCAGUCAGACUCUCUGGACGUUAAUCUACUGUACAUCUCUCCCAGGCCAUCAUCAGACCUGAUUCAGAGAAAAGACCCUUCAGCGCUGUUGUGAGGAAAAAGAAAAACCUCAAACCACACCGUGCCACGGAGACUAACAACCUCUGGACUGUUGAGCUUAUCUAUCGAAGUUUCUCUCCCCGACACCAGGAAGAUAAAUGUUGAAUAGUUUAUUUAUCUACGUGGCUUUGGGCUACUAUAACACAGGAAAGUAAUCAGAUAGUUUGUUGUCUAAGAACGUUAUGUGGUUAUGUUUUUAAGCAACUGUUUGACCAUGCAAUUCAACCAAAUACAUUUGUUCUAUGUUUUGUUUGUGCACCUGUGACUACAGAACUCAAUAUAUUGUAUUUAUGACGCAGUAUAACAGUAUUUAUCAUGUUGUGUAAAUUGUAAAUGAUAUGUUGUCUCAUGACGUAGGACAAUUCAGAAAUUAUGCAUAACACAAUCUAAGAUUUUCCAUCACUGCAUCUAC